GUUUUGCUACAUUGGCGAAGAGUUAAACAGAAAACUGGUUAGUUUGUUGCUUUUCAUUCUGUUUGGUGGGUAGAUGAAUAAAUCUUUGAUUAAAGAGUGUUAUUGGUUAACAAUUACCUGUUGUCUCUUCAUUUGAACAGUGACCUACAAAACAAAACUUCUUUUAGUCCAAGUCAGUCACUCGGUCAUAGGAAUCUAGAGCAGUUCUUAAAUUAAAUAAUAAAAACAAUUGUUUUAGUAAAUUAAUGGUACACAGAUAAAUAUAACAAUGACCAUUCAUGUAAUGUGCCUUACUGCAGAUGGUGGAUUGCCCAUAUUCACUCGGAAAAAGGGCGAAUGUGAGAAUCUGCCCUUUUCCACAGUUGCCUCGUUGAAUGGCGUUCAUAUGUUCUUCAAGUCCAUGGGUGUUUGUAUGAAUUCGACGAUUUCCGAAGAUUGGACACUCCUAUGGAAGGAUUAUGAAUCUGCCAUCACACUCAUUCUCUGCGGCAGGAACAUGUCUGAAAAUAAAUUGGAACUAUUGUCUGAUUUGGUUUUUAAUUCUCUGAAGCUUUUUGUCAAUUCGGAGGAUUUGAAAAAUUCCACUAAGAUCGUAGAUCGUCUGAAGAGAGAAGCAAAACAGUACAUGCCAAUAGUAGACAGACUACUCGACUCCCUAGCUACUGACAUUCCUGGUUUCAAUGAUUGCAUACUGUCCACCGAUAAUGCCCAGCUUUUGAUGAAGUUGGAUGAAUUCAGCGUUCAGUGUGAUUCACUUUUCUGCUGCAUAGUUGUCAAUCAGAAGUUAGCUGUGGGAACAGAAGGCUGGUGGGACUUGGACAUAAUCGAUCGCAAGUUACUCAUAACACUGCUUAUCUCAGCGGAUCGAUCACAGAACGAUGUACCCGUGUAUCUGCCGAAGAAGAGCUCGAAUACGGCGUACAGAUUUGUCUCGGUGCCGAUAGCUGGCUGCGGGAUAUUAUGCGUGAUAUGUGGAGCAGAUCCAACAUACCAAGAUAUCAGCAACAUUGCACAAAACAUUUUCCGAAAUGAGGCUGAAAUUAUGAAAAAUAUCGAACGAUGCAUUACGAAAAAUUUCUUACCCGAAACUAUUGAGAGUAAUGUCAACAUUUUGGAAAUAGUUCUUCUAAACAAGGUCACCAAAAAAUAUGUGUUUUUAAAAAAUCCAGAACACUCCCUAAGUGAGCAACAGUAUUCAAUUCUUGGACAAAAUAGUUUGGAAAAUAUUCGAAUCUUUAUUGAUCAAAUGCUUGAUGCUGAUGAUCAUCUUGUAAAAACUAGAAGGGAUGAACAUUUUCAAACUAUUUCGGUGACUUGUACAAAUCAACAUUGGUUAUCGGAAAACUAUAAUUGCUAUGCUCAUUGCGAUGAACAUGGCAAUGUUUUCCUUGGGUUAUUUUCAUUCCAAGUUCCUGUGUAUGCCAUGAAAAUAUUUAGCGAGAAGAUUUUUAAAGCUAUAAUUUCUCAAGAGCGAAGUAUUUGUUGGUAGGGAAAAAAAAAUUUGAUUUAUGAUUUUUAAAUAAAAUAUUUUUCUAAAUAAUUUUUAAAGAAAAGUUUUAUUAUUUUUUGAUUAAUGUUUUUGGCUCCAAAUUAGGUCAGUCUUUUGCCGUAAAACUAAGCAGAAUACAAUUUUUGAUAAACUAAAUAAAUUC